AUGAGUCAAUACCUACCGCAUGGUGGCUUCAAGUGGAGCACUGUGUCAGAUGUGACCCCAAGUAGCGAUGAUGACUCAGACACAGGAUACAUCGUCGAUUGCGACCUACAGUACCCAGCCCAUCUGCACAACCUCCAUUCAGACCUACCUCUAGCACCUGAGAGCAGGAUGCCCGAUGGCUCAAAACAACCAAAACUACUGACGACCCUCUAUGACAAAGAACAUUAUGUGGUUCAUUACAGGGUUUUGAAGCAACUGUUGCAGUUGGGGAUGAAGCUCAAAAAGGUGCACAAAGUGUUGGAGUUUCAGCAGUCUCCCUGGUUGAAGAGAUACAUAGACCUGAACACUGAAAUGAGGACCAAGGCAACCAAUAACUUUGAGAAAGACUUCUUCAAACUCAUGAACAACUCGGUCUUUGGCAAGACGAUGGAAAAUAUCAGGAAGCGACUCGAUAUCAGACUAGUAUGUGAUCCCAAGAAAGCGGAGAAGCUCAUUGCUAAGCCCAACUUCAAGGGGAGGACCAUUUUCGACGAAAGGUUAGCCGCCGUGCAUAUGAACAAGACGAAAGUGAUCUUUAAUAAGCCAAUAUACGUCGGCAUGAGUAUAUUAGAUCUAUCGAAGCAUCUGAUGUACGACUUCCAUUAUAAUCUUAUGAAGCCUAAAUACGGGGACGAUAUCAAGCUAUUGUACAUGGACACUGACAGUUACAUCUAUGACAUACAGACCGAGGACUUUUAUGAGGAUAUGAAAGGGAAUGAUUGA